GAAAUGGUCUGGUCGGGAUUGCAUAUUUUAACAUGAUACAAUGGCCGUGUAGUGGCCUGCAAACCUUAUAACUCUCCCCCUCUAUUUACCGUCUUUUGUGAUCUGUUCCAGGCUGUCUCUCGCAACUUGUGGUGGUUGCUGAGGUCCUCGGGGCUGUACAUCGGGUGGUGAAGUACGUCAUCGCUUACACAGACGCAGGAGGGACGGUCACCACCAUCCUUUAACACACACACACAGAGACACACUCACACAUUCUUCUGUUGACCUGACCGGCAUGAUGGGGCGAGAGAAUACUACGAGCGACGACUGGAACUACACGCUUCCCAACCUACUGGAAUACCUGGAUGGUCUGCUGGAAGGUGGAGGGAGCGGCCAGGGGCGACCCAUCCUUCAGGACCCCAACAAGGCCACAACAGACGCCACGGCCACUACACUAUGGGAGGCCGUGGCUGGCUCCCUCACCCCAUCACCUACACCCCCAACCACCACCACCCUAGCGCCCAUCAAUAAGCCCAUGUUCCCCCUCAACUUUACCCUCAGAACCACAAUGGAAUCACUACUCAAGACCCCAGCCAACGUCACCCUACUGGAGCCUUUGACUUCAGCGUCCGCGGGAGUCUUAGACAUGGACUCUACGGUGAGCGCUGUAGGAGUCCUCAGUCCCUCGACCCCUGAGCUAUUACUCGGCAGCAAUGAGUCACUAGUCACACUCGACGACACUUUCUGGCUCGGGGUAAACGACUCAACCAAUGGCAGUAAUGUCUUCGGGAACGACACGACGGACGGACCUCUGAUGGACACUGUGGGUAUGGUCAUCACCUCUGUCAUACUGGGCAUCAUGAUCCUCACUACUGUCAUAGGUGAGAACGUGUUCGUCAUAGCAGCCAUUCUACUAGAGAGGAACCUACAGCAGGUGGCCAACUUCCUCAUCGUGUCCCUGGCUGUAGCGGAUCUUAUGGUGGCCUGUCUGGUCAUGCCCUUAGGUGCUGUGUAUGAGAUCAGCAAGGAGUGGAUCUUAGGACCAGAGUUGUGUGAUAUGUGGACUUCAAGUGAUGUCCUAUGCUGCACUGCUUCUAUACUUCACCUGGUAGCUAUUGCCCUCGACAGGUACUGGGCGGUUACACAAGUCGAUUACAUCCACUCUAGAAACGGUACCCGCAUCGGUAUAAUGAUCCUCAUGGUCUGGUUGACGGCGGUGGUAGUAUCCAUUGCUCCUCUGUUUGGUUGGAAGGAUCCUGACUUCCUAGUGAGGGUGAAUGAACAUAAGAAAUGUCUCGUGUCGCAAGAUCUCGCCUAUCAAGUGUUCGCUACUAUGGCCACUUUCUAUGUGCCUCUGACUGCCAUCCUCAUCUUAUACUGGAAGAUCUUUCAAGCAGCAAGGAAGAGAAUACACAAGAGUAAAUUUGGUGGGAAGAAAGAAGCCAAAAAGAAGGGGAAAAAUAACAAAGGAAAGGUCAGAGAAGUGAGAGAUGUUAGAGGAGGCGGUGGCGGCGGCGGUGGUGGUGGUGCUGGUGGUGGUGCUAGUGCUGGUGGUGGAAGCAGCUGCGGGAGAGGAGGUGACACUAAGCCCAACGGGGUCACUGAACACCAGACCACCGCCUUUACCACCAUCAACAGUGGCUCUCCUGAUAAAUCCUCCAACAAUGGCGCUGUCUCCGUGUCCUCCCAUGUCUCCGAGGUCUCUAGAUUGGAGAUGUUACCCAAGGAGGCUCCUAAGAAGACCAAGAAGGAGACUCUAGAAGCUAAGAGAGAGAAGAAAGCCGCUAAGACUCUAGCUAUUAUCACUGGAGCCUUCGUUAUCUGUUGGUUACCUUUCUUCGUCACGGCUCUCUUGAUGUCUAUUUGUCCGGCGUGUUAUUUCUCCGAUGUGAUGUUCUCCAUCUUCCUCUGGCUCGGGUACUUCAACUCCACCCUCAACCCCAUCAUCUACACCAUCUUCAGCCCUGAAUUCCGGGAGGCCUUCAAGAGGAUACUCUUCGGCAGAAAGAGUAACCAGAGGUACCGCCCGGGUAAAGUCCGCUAGAGAGUGUGUUUACAAUGGUCUAGCAUGGUCCAGGGUACCAGAAUGGUCCAGGGUACCUCAGAAUGGUCCAGGGUACCUCAGGAUGGUCCAGGGUACUUAGAAUGGUCCA